AUGGCUCAACAUGUUACUUCUUCUUGUUCUUGGUUUAUUUUUCUUUCUCUUCUUGCAAUCAAAUUAGUGUCUUUUUCUGUAGUUUCUUCUUUAAGUAUUAAUGGAAAUGACUACAUCUCGGCCGUGGGCGAUCCAGGGAUGAGAAGGGAUGGGCUAAGAGUUGCAAUAGAAGCAUGGAAUCAAUGCAAUGAAGUUGGAGAAGAAGUAACUAAAAUGGGCAGUCCAAGAGCUGCUGAUUGCUUUGAUGUCUAUAAAGCUUCUCCUCAAUCACAAGGGGCAAAUAAUUGUUCACUUUGCAGUGCAAUACCAUACAUGUUGGUACAUAGAGUGACAGAGGAGGAAAACAGGUUAGGGAUAGGAAAACCUUUUCUUGGAUUGGAGAAAAAGGCAAUUCUUGAUAUUGACCAAUAUGCAGCACAAAAAGAACUCUAUUUGGGAUCAAAAUGUGAAGUUCAAGACAAGCCAAAACCAUGGCAAUUUUGGAUGAUCAUGCUUAAAAAUGGAAAUAUGGAUACUUAUGCUGCGAAAUGUCCGAAAAACGGUCAAAAAAUAGGUCCAUAUGGUCCAGAUAACAGAUUUCCAUGUUUUGGCAAAGGAU